GUUCGUGGCGGUUGCAGGGGCGACGACGACCAGGGCCGCGACGGCCCCACGCCAGGGCGCUCCUUCGGGGGGCGAACCCCGCUGCGCGCGCCGGGCUUAGGGCCGUGCGGGCGAGGGGGGCGUGGCGACGGCCAGCAGGAAGGAGGGGCGCGGCUCGGAGCCCGCCGCCGGCGCCGGGAAGCAGCCCACCCCCGCGCCCUCGCACACACCUCGGCGCCGCGCCGCUCCCGUCCCCUCUCCCCGGAGCCAGAUCCAGGAUGAGAAGACUGACAAAAGAAACUAGCUGAAGAGCUAUAAAAUGCCCAAAUCUGGGUUCACAAAACCAGUUCAGAGUGAAAAUUCUGACAGUGACAGCAAUAUGGUAGAGAAGCCAUAUGGAAGAAAGCAGAGUAAAGACAAGAUUGCAUCUUAUAACAAAACUCCAAAAAUUGACCGAAGUGAUGUGAGCAGGGAGAUGAAAGAGAAGUCAUCCAUGAAACGUAAACUUCCUUUUACUGUUAGCCCAUCGAGAAAUGAAGAGCGAGAUUCAGACACAGAUUCAGACCCAGGACAUACAAGUGAAAAUUGGGGGGAGAGACUUAUAUCUUCUUACAGGACAUAUUCAGAGAAAGAAGGUCCCGAAAAGAAGAAAACAAAAAAGGAAGCUGGGAAUAAGAAAUCUACGCCAGUUAGCAUCCUUUUUGGUUAUCCACUGUCUGAGAGGAAGCAGAUGGCACUUCUUAUGCAGAUGACGGCAAGAGACAACAGUCCAGAUUCUACACCAAAUCACCCAUCACAAACCACACCAACCCAGAAGAAAACUCCCAGUUCUUCAUCUCGACAAAAAGAUAAAGUUAAUAAAAGAAAUGAGCGUGGUGAAACUCCUUUACACAUGGCAGCUAUUCGAGGAGAUGUGAAGCAAGUCAAAGAAUUAAUAAGUUUAGGGGCAAAUGUGAAUGUAAAGGAUUUUGCAGGUUGGACACCGUUGCAUGAAGCCUGCAAUGUUGGAUAUUAUGAUGUGGCUAAGAUACUGAUAGCAGCUGGAGCAGAUGUUAACACACAAGGAUUAGAUGAUGACACUCCACUCCAUGAUUCUGCCAGUAGUGGGCACAGAGAUAUAGUGAAACUAUUACUUCGACAUGGUGGAAACCCAUUUCAAGCUAAUAAACAUGGGGAGCGCCCUGUGGAUGUAGCAGACACAGAAGAGUUGGAAUUACUGUUGAAAAGAGAGGUGCCUUUGUCAGAUGAUGAUGAAAGUUACACAGAUUCUGAAGAGGCUCAAUCUGUAAAUCCUUCAAGUGUUGAUGAAAAUAUUGACUCUGAAACAGAGAAAGACUCCCUCAUCUGUGAAAGUAAACAGAUACUUCCCAAUAAAGCACCUCUUCCGUCUGCCCUCGAUGAAUAUGAAUUCAAAGAUGAUGAUGAGGAGGAAAUAAAUAAAAUGAUUGAUGACAGACAUAUUCUUAGGAAAGAACAAAGGAAAGAGAAUGAAUCUGAAACAGAAAAAAAUAGUUUGUUUGCAAAACAGGAGAAAACCUUCUACUCUAAAUCAUUUAAAAGUAAAAAGCAAAAGCCAUCUAGGGUUUUGUAUUCAAGUACUGAAAGUUCUGAUGAAGAAAUUCUUCAGAACAAAAAAGUUUCUACUUCAUGUUGUAUCCCUGAAACAUCAAACUCUGAUACACAAACCAGAAAGGAAUUUGUAUUUCCAAGUGAGCACAAGCAGAAAGGCAAAGUUAAAAGAAAAUUGAAAAACCAGAAUAAAAAUAAAGAGAACCAAGAACUGAAGCAAGAAAAAGAAGGGAAAGAAAAUACCAGGAUAAUGAACUUAACAGUUAAUCCUGCACUAGACUGUUCAGAAAAGACCAGAGAGGAUGGGAGUUUUAGGAAAUCUUUUAGUCCAAAGGAUGAGACAUCAUUACAUUUAUUUCAUAUUUCCACUGGUAAAUCACCUAAGCACUCUUGUGGGUUAAGUGAAAAGCAGUCAACAGCACCGAAACAAGAGCACAUGAAAACAUGUUUAUCACCAGGAAGCUCUGAACCACUAUUACAGCCUGAUCUAAGUCGGUACGGUAACACAGAUCCAGAACUCUUGCCAGAAAGUUCCAACGCAAAAUCUUGUAAGCAUAAGGAAAAAAACAAACAUCAAAAAGAGUUCCACCUGGAACUUGGUGAAAAAUCAAAUGCCAAAAUCAAGGAUGAAGAUCAUAACCCAGCAUUUGAGACUUCAGAUUGCACUCUGAAAAAAAUGGAUAAAGAGGGUAAAACUUUUAAAAAGCAUAAAUUAAAACAUAAAGAGAGAGAAAAAGAAAAACACAAAAAAGAAGCUGAAGAUGAAAAGGAGAAAUACAAAACUAAAGAUGGUGCUAAAGAAAUACAGAGGAGUGUGGAAUUUGACAGAGAAUUCUGGAAAGAGAAUUUUUUCAAAAGCGAUGAAGCAGAGGAUCUGUUUUUAAAUAUGGGACAUGAGUCCUUACUAUUAGAAAAGAAAUCGAAAUUGGAAAAAAAUGUGAAAGAUGAUAAGUCAACCAAGGACAAGCAUGUUUCAAAAGAGAGAAACUUUAAAGAAGACAGGGAAAAAGUUAAAAAAGAAAAUGAGAGACCUUUUAGGGAAGAGAAAUUAAAAGAAGAAAGAGAGAAUGUACUGAUAGAUAAAGAAACAGAAUUCAGUUCUUUGAGUGUUAGUGCCAAUGAAGAAUCGGUGGUGUUGCAUUCAGCAGAAAAGGAAGUGGACACUGAAAAACAAGAAAAACAUAUCAAGGAAAGUAAGGAAAAAUCUGAGAAACGAUUUCAAACCAAAGAAAAGGACGCUGAGAAGACUGAAAGAAAAAACUCUGAGAAAGAAAAGAAAACAAAGCAUGAGCAUAGGUCAGAAAAAGACAGACCAGAUCUUUCCGAUAGUAUUGACAGGGUAAAAGAAAAGGACAAGUUAUAUUCACAUCACACAGAGAAAUGCCAUAAAGAGGGUGAGAAGACCAAGAGUAUUACUCUUAAAAAAACUGAGGACAGAGAGAAAAGUAGGGAAAAGAUGGAUAGAAAACAUGACAGAGAAAAAUCUGAAAAAGAGAGGCAGCUGGCAGAAAGCAAAGAAAAGCACUUGAUGGAGAAAAAAAAUAAGCAGUUAGAUAAUAGUGAGUAUACUAAAUCAGAAAAAGGCAAAAGCAAAGAUAAAGACAGAGAGGCAGAGAAAAAGGAGAAAUCUAGAGACAAAGAAAGUACUAACACAUUUAACGCCAAACAUUUACAGGAAGAGAAAAAGUCAAGUGUAGUGGAUGGUAGUAAAGCGCCUCAUGACAAAACCUUGUCCCUGAAAGAGAAAACAAGAGAUGAGCCUUUGAAAACUCCAGAUGGAAAAGAAAAGGAUAAAAAAGAUAUAGAUAGAUACAAAGAACGAGACAAGCACAAGAUCCAGCUAAAUAGUUUAUUCAAACUGAAGCCUGAGGCAGAGAAGCCUAAGCCAUCACAAGCUGCGAAGGAUGCUCGCCCUAAAGAAAAGAGGUUAGUGGAUGAUGACUUAAUGCAGACGAGUUUUGAGCGAAUGCUAAGCCUUAAAGACCUAGAGAUAGAACAGUGGCAUAAAAAACAUAAGGAAAAGAUAAAGCAAAAAGAAAAGGAACGAUUAAGAAACCGUAACUGUUUAGAACUUAAAGUGAAAGAUAAAGACAAGACAAAGCAUACAUUAGCUGAGUCCAAAAGUAAAGACCUUUCUAGAUCAAAGAGUUCAGAGUUAACUGACUCCUCUACCAAGGAGAAACAAUCUAAAGAUGCUGUAAGUAGCAGGUCACAGUCUGUUGACACCAAAACUUCAGUGAAUUUAGGGAAGUCAUCCUUUGUUUCAGAUAAUAGUUUGAACAGAUCUCCUCGAUCGGAAAAUGAGAAGCCAGGUCUCAGCUCUCGAUCUGUAUCCCUGAUCUCUGUGGCUAGUUCAGAAGACUCCUGCCAUACCACAGUGACAACCCCCAGGCCUCUGGUUGAGUAUGACUCCGACUUCAUGUUAGAGGGUUCGGAGUCCCAAAUGUCCUUUUCCCAGUCACCUUUUUUGUCAGUUGCCAAAUCUCCUGCCCUUCAUGAAAGGGAGUUGGACAGCCUGGCUGAACUGCCAGAGCGGAUUAAAACUCCGUAUGCAAGCCGACUUCAAACAUCCCACCUCAGGUCAUCCUCUGUAGAAGAUGUUAAGCUAGUUAUAAGCGAAGGGAGACCUACUGUAGAGGUUCGAAGAUGUAGUAUGCCGUCUGUCAUUUGUGAAUAUCCGAAGCAAUUCCAGACAGUAUCAGAAGAAAGCAAUCAAGGUAGUUUAUUAGUUGUGCCAAGAGAUAUUUGUCCUUCUCCCAAACUCGUGGUAUCCUCAAAUGUGCCUGAAAAAGACCCUUUACAUGUGUCCCACAUACAUUCCAGUUGUACAGCCUCGCCAACCGGAUCUGUUAGCAACAGAUAUAUUUCAGCUGAUAUCAAUGUUAUCAAGAGUGUGGGCACAGUAAUUGACAGUCCUAUGCAUUUAGAGCCAUCUAAUCAGGUUGGUGUGAUCCAAAAUAAGUCAUGGGAGAUACCUGGUGAUAGACUGGAAUCGUUGAGCACCAGUGACAGUGUCUGUCCAGAUGCUAGUAUACCUGAUCAAGACUCUUCUGUUCAGGGUUUUUCUAACUCUGACAACAAAAUGCUCAGAGAGCAGAAUGCUGAGUUUUUGUCCCUACACCAGACUGAACUGCCAGGAAACUCUUAUUCUCAGGAUCCAGCAUCCUUUCUGCCUUCACAGCAACCUUGUUUCCCCAGCCAUCCACUUUCAGAUGUUGAAUCUCUUUCUAGACAUAUGUCGUUGUCCUAUGUUGCCAGUCAAGAACCAAGUAUUUUACAACAGAAAAAUAUUGUUCAAGUUAUCAGCUCUGUUUUAGACAAUGAUAAUGAAUCUGUAAAAGAUGGAGGAAGUAAUUUUGUCCUAGAUGCUCAGAAGCCAGAUGCCUUUGGCACAGUGUACUCAGAAAGCGCUGCUCAAGAAGCAACACCAAACUCUGAGAAGGCUAAUACUUUGCCUGUAGUGCUGUCAGCAAAGGACUUAAAAGGAAGUGAUGCUGCCUCCCAGCUAACUACACACUAUGCACUUAGCAAACUCACAUACAAGUCUUCCAGUGGUGAAGGUGAGAAUGGCACAACCGAUGUGCAGGUUGUUUCACAGGAAAGAGAAAAAUUGGAGAGUUUGGUUUUAACUCAUUUGAGUAAGUGUGAUUCUGAUUUAUGUGAAAUGAAUGAAGGAAUGCCAAAAGGAAACCUAAGUGAACAAGGUAAUCCGAAGCACUGUCUUGAAAGUGAAAAGUGCUUGCUUUCCGUGGAUGACGAGGAGUCUCAGCAAAGCUCUUUAUCAAGUAUGGAGAACCAUUUGCAACAGUCAGCUCAACCAGGCUUGCACAAGUAUGAUCAGUUAGUUAAAGUAGAGUUGGAAGAAAAUACUGAUGAUGAUAAAACUGAAAACCAGAUUCCUCAAAGAAUGACUAGGAACAAAGCGAAUACCUUAACAAGUCAAACCAAACCCAUUCUUACCAGCUGUAUGGUAUUACCAGAAAAAGACAGUGAAUCUUCAUCUCCUAGAGGAAGAAUAAGAUUAACUGAAGAAGAUGACCCUCAAAUUCAUCAUCCACGGAAAAGAAAAGUAUCACGUGUACCUCAGCCUGUGCAAGUGAGUCCUUCUUUAUUACAAGCAAAAGAGAAAACUCAGCAGUCUCUGGCAGCCAUUGUAGACUCUUUGAAACUCGAUGAGAUUCAGCCAUACAGUUCAGAAAGAGCAAAUCCAUAUUUUGAAUAUUUGCAUAUAAGAAAAAAAAUUGAAGAAAAACGCAAAUUACUUUGUAGUGUUAUUCCACAAGCACCUCAGUAUUAUGAUGAAUAUGUAACAUUUAAUGGAUCCUAUCUCCUGGAUGGAAACCCCUUAAGCAAGAUUUGUAUUCCUACAAUUACACCUCCACCUUCAUUGUCAGAUCCACUUAAAGAGCUCUUUCGGCAGCAGGAAGUUGUAAGGAUGAAACUGCGUUUGCAACACAGUAUUGAAAGGGAAAAACUCAUUGUGUCCAAUGAACAGGAAGUUCUGCGGGUCCAUUACAGGGCUGCCAGGACACUGGCAAAUCAAACACUGCCAUUUAGUGCCUGUACUGUCUUACUGGAUGCAGAAGUAUACAACGUACCAUUGGAUUCUCAGUCUGAUGACAGUAAAACUUCCGUGAGGGAUCGCUUUAAUGCAAGACAGUUCAUGUCUUGGUUACAAGAUGUGGAUGAUAAAUUUGACAAAUUAAAGACGUGUCUUUUAAUGAGGCAGCAACACGAAGCCGCAGCUUUAAAUGCUGUCCAGAGGCUGGAAUGGCAGCUCAAACUCCAAGAGCUCGACCCUGCCACCUAUAAAUCCAUCAGCAUUUACGAAAUCCAGGAGUUUUACGUUCCCCUUGUGGAUGUUAAUGAUGACUUUGAAUUGACUCCCAUCUAGCAGUAGUUCUUCCCAGAGGCAGUUGUCCUGGCCUGGUACGCUCCAAGUGUUGCGCCAUGGAAUGCUGCCGUCUGACAAAAAUACUGAUAGGAUGCCUUUGACAUCAGUCUGCCUGAAGUUGGUCAUGUAGAAAACACCAGUCAUUGGAUAGGAAAGAAGGAAUAUUGUGGGUCUCAGGUCCCCGUGCAGUUUCUAACAAGACUCUUGUUUUUGCACAUUGGUGAAAGGCGACUGUUGUGGUUGGCAGACUGGCAGGCACUUCAGUAAGAGUGAAUUGGCUAACAGCGCUGGCAGUUGUUAGCUCGCUCAUGUGCUGAGAUAACCACUAGAGCUCACGUCUCUUCCAGGUUUGAUUAAAAAGAUACCAGGAAACUGAAAGGUUUAAUUUCUACCAAAUAGCUUCUAAUGUGGAAGAAAAACUAGGCACAAAAUUUCUUGAGUUUGUUAUAUCUGUAAACUAAUUGUACAUUUUCUUUUUGAAUGUUUUCACAUUGUCUUCCGUUUUAAUAACUUAUUUUAUAAAUAUUGUGCAGAUGUAAAUCCUGUAAUUACUGGUCAAAAUGUAUACAAAGGGAUUGGUAGUGAAAACAUAUCCAGAGAAGCAGCUGUAUAACAGUUUUGUCUUAUGUGUUAUUGGACCAAAGUUGUAGUUUGUAUGGGGUGCAGUACUUGUGUUGAGGUAGCAGAACUUUUCAAUAAGGCAUGCAUGUGUCGAGUUAGCUUGUAUACCUCACAGCUGUAAAAACUGUGGCUUGGUUGUACUGCAUGCUUCUGAGAAAUUAACUCUCCAUAAUUGAUGCCUGGAACAGUGUAAGGUGUUUCAUACAAGUCUCCUGUGAUAGAACCUGUGACUUCCUGUGUGGGACUUAUGAUUUAGAGUUAGUCGUACAGUCAUACAAAGAAACUUAGCUCUUGUUUCAUCUCUCAGUAGAGCCUAUUUCCCCCAGGGGAAAAAAAUGCCUUUGAAUGAA